AUGUGUACAAAAAAAAUAGGAGCUUACCAAAUGGAUUUGACAACUAAAUUAGGUAGAGGAGCCUAUGGAGAUGUGUAUCUUGGUUAAGACUUAAAAAGUGGUCUAUUAAUUGCAAUCAAAUAAAUAGCAUUACCAAAUAAGGAUGAAAAAGAAGUGGAGAAAGCUUUAAAUAUGGCUAAGAAUGAAAUAUAAGUAAUGAGAACUAUAUAGGAUGUAAAUGUAGUCAAAUUUGUAGAUAUGGUAAGAACAUAAAACAAUUUAUAUUUGAUGAUGGAAUAUUGUAAUGGAGGGAGUUUAGAUAAAUAUCUUUGUAAGAAAUGUUCAAAAGAUGAAAGAUAUUUGGCAGAAAAAGAAGCCAAAAUUAUUAUGAAAUAAAUAGUAUUAGGCUAUAAAGCUUUAUAUUAAUGUAAUAUUGUACAUAGAGAUUUAAAAUCUGCUAAUAUAUUGAUACAUGAUGGUGUUGUUAAAAUUGCUGAUUUUGGAUUUAGUAAAUUCUUAGAGAAAACAGAUGAAUAAUUAUUAUACACUUAUGCAGGAAGUCCUUUAUAUAUGGCACCUUAGAUAUUAUAAUAAAAAUAAUAUACAAAUAAGGCUGAUGUUUGGUCAAUGGGGAUUAUAUUUUAUGAAAUACUUUUUGGAAAACUACCUUGGCAUUCUAUUACUAUUCCAGAUUUGAUUAAUAAAAUAAAAAAUGAAGAUUUACAUAUACCUCAAUAACCAGUUGUUUCAGAUUUAAUGAAAGAAUUAAUUAAGAAAAUGUUAUAAAAAGAAGAAAUAGAUAGAAUUUGUUGGAAGGAUGUUUAAAAUCAUGCUUAUUUUAAUGAAGAUAUGGAAUUUGAAUUUUUAACUAAUCUAAGAAAUUCUUAUAAUGAGAUUGAAGAAGAAACAGAUGAAUUAAAAAAAUCAAAUGCAAAAAAAAAUAUAUAUUUUCAAUAAUAAAAUGUUGUUUAACAUGUAUUUCAUGCUUAAUAAAUAUAAGACUAAAUUUAGAAUGUAUGUCCUGGAAUUAUUGAACCUAAAUAAGAAAUUAAAUUAGAAAAUCAUAAAAAGAAUAAAAAUUUAGAUUAAAUGUAUAAAAAAUAAAAAGAAAAAGUAUCAAUUUAAUAAUAGAUGUAAUUAAUAUCAGAUUGGGUUGUACAUAGAAAGAACAAAUCAGCAUUUCUAAGUUCAAUUAAUUCUUAGUUAUAUGAUUAAUUUUAAUAAAGUAAUUAUUAAUAAUUAUAUAUUUAGAUUUAAAAAAUGUCUUAAAUGAUUAAUUAUUUUGGGGAUUCUUAUUUCUAUUAACAAAGUAUCAAAAUAGUAUACUUUUUAAAAUGAAAUGUCGAUUAUGUAGUGGUAGAUUAGACUCUAAUAAUUAAAGAUUUUCUUAUGAAGAUUGGAAAAAGUUUUGUAAAUCAAAAGAAGGUUAAACAUCCCUUAAAGUUAUUGAACAUGAUUUUCAAGUUAUUAACCAAUUUUGGGACUCUAUUAUACCUGAAACUCUUAAAUCAUUAUAGGGCACUUAAGAUCCACUUUUAUUAACCAUUUUGAAAGUUUGUAAUAAGAAUCAAAUAGAAAAAUAAUCCUUUGAUUAUAUUUUUAAGAAUGCAGCCAAAGCCAUUCUAGAAGGAGUCAAAUUAAGAAUAAUUCAAUAGAAAAAUAAUGUUUCAUUAUAACUUUUGAGAUUUGGAUAACAUUUAUAAAAUUGUCUAGAAAUGAAUUUAUUAUUUAAAUUCAAAGGACCAAAACAAGUUGAUUUUUUCAAGUAUUAUGAGUAAGUUGAAAAUCUUACUACAUAAUAAAUACUUUAGAAAUUGAAUAUAUAACUAUGA